AUGCAGGAGGUGAUGAAGAAACGACCGAUAAUCUCUGCUAGAGAAAGAGGCCCUGGCCCCGGACGCUACGCUCUGCCCCCUACAGUCGGAUACAUCAACCAUGACUUCACCAAGCCCAGCAGCCCGGCGUACUCCUUUCACGGCCGCAUGAGCAGCACCAUGAUCUCUGUGGACUCCAGUCCAGGACCGAGGUACCACAUUGGUGCCAAGGUCACCCGGUUUGGCCGGAUGGAAACUCCCUCCUACUCCAUUUUGGGCAGAGGAAGACGCACAGUGAAUAAUAAAGCUGAGCUGUACCAGACUCCAGGGCCGGGGGCCUACAGCCCCGAGAAGGCUCCACCUCUCAACGCUCACCACAGACCACCGUGCUACACCAUCGGCUCUCGCUCCAGAUACCGCUCCAUGGAUGCCGUACCAGCACCCAACAGCUAUAAUCUCCCUAAUCUACUGGGCUGCCAGGUUCCCAAUAAACCCUCCAGUGCCAGCUACAGCUUCUCAGGCCGGAGGAAGGUCGGAUCUCCCUCCGAAGACCUCUCCAUGAGCCCCGGACCGGCAAAAUACGACACCAUCAACCCGGACAUUUACCACCAGCGCCAGCCCUCCUUCUCCAUGCAGCAACGGACUAAGAGGCUUAAUUAUUCCUCUGCUAUUCCCGGCCCCGGCUCCUACAGCCCAGAGAAGUUUCACGUGCAUCUCCCCAGACCGCCGUCUUUCACGCUGGGCGUCAGACACUCAGAGUUUGUCACCCCACUGGUGGUGAAUGUCAUUGACUGAUUGGUCAGCAGAUUCAAUACGAAUGCCUUGUUUUUAUUCAAUGUUUCACACAAAUGAGGAGCUGCCAC